UUUAUACUCUUUGGAGCAGGCGGCAUAUUAUUGUCAAAUAUUGUGUAUUUUAUUAUUCAAAUGAUUUAUAUUAAAAAUUAGGUUCUAAGUUAAAAAGGAUCACCAUGGCUUAUCAUUACGUUGUUACAGCGCAAAAAGCUACAGCAGUUACAGCAUGCAUUACCGGCAACUUCACAAGUCCUACAGACCUCAAUUUGUUGGUGGCUAAAGUGUCACGUCUGGAAAUGUACCUGGUAACUCCAGAGGGCUUGAGACCUAUGAAAGAAGUUGGACUAUAUGGAAAAGUUGCUAAAAUGAAAUUAUUCAGACCUCCAUAUGAAAAGAAAGAUUUAGUAUUCAUUCUAACAGCUCGAUAUAAUGCAAUGAUAUUAGAAUGGAGGACAGGACCUAAUGGUGAUUUAGAAGUGGUAACACGAGCACAUGGCAAUGUAGCCGACCGGAUUGGAAAGCCUUCAGAGAAUGGCAUCCUGGUGGUGAUUGACCCACAGGCUAGGGUCAUCGGUUUGAGGCUUUAUGAUGGAUUAUUUAAGAUUAUACCAUUGGACAAAGAUUCAACGGAGCUUAAAGCUGCUAGUCUAAGAUUGGAAGAGUUAAAUGUUUAUGAUUUAGAAUUUCUUCAUGGCUGUGCCAACCCUACGUUAAUAUUAAUACAUCAAGAUCUCAAUGGAAGACAUAUAAAAACACAUGAACUGAAUGCAAAAGACAAAGAAUUCAUGAAAAUACCUUGGAAACAAGAUAAUGUGGAGACAGAAGCGUCUAUAUUGAUACCAGUACCAAGUCCUUUAGGAGGCGCUAUAGUAAUUGGUCAAGAGUCAAUAGUUUAUCAUGAUGGACAGAGCUAUGUAGCAGUGGCACCUUCACAGAUAAAGAUGACACCAAUAAACUGCUACUGCCGUGUGGACGGCAAGGGUAUGCGCUAUCUGCUGGGCGACAUCGCGGGCCGCCUCUUCAUGCUGCUGCUGGAGCUGCAGGAGAAGAUGGACGGCACCCAGUCGGUCAAGGACCUCAAAGUGGAACUCCUAGGUGAUAUCCCCAUCCCGGAGUGCAUGACGUACCUGGAUAACGGUGUGGUAUUCAUCGGUUCGCGGCUGGGGGACUCCGCGCUGGUGCGGCUGUCGGCAGCUCGCGACGAUGCGGGACAGUACGUGCAGUCCAUGGAGACCUUCACCAGCCUCGCGCCUAUCGUCGACAUGUGCCUUGUGGACCUCGAGCGACAGGGACAGAACCAACUCAUUACAUGCUCCGGUGCGUUCAAAAUGGGUUCGCUGCGAAUCAUACGCAACGGAAUUGGCAUCCAGGAGCAGGCGUCUAUAGACCUGCCCGGCAUCAAGGGCAUGUGGCCGCUCACACUAGCGCACGGCUCCAACUACCAUGACACACUCGUGCUGGCAUUUGUAGGACAAACCAGAGUGUUAACACUGAACGGCGAGGAAGUGGAAGAAACGGAGAUCAAAGGCUUCGUGUCGGAUAGACAAACUUUCUUCACUGGCAACGUCUGUCAUGAUCAACUUAUACAGGUGACUGACGAGGGUGUGCGCCGCAAGCGCGUCACGCUCGGCACGCAGCCCACCGUGCUCAGGAGCUUCAGGUCUCUGUCGACGACGAACAUCUUCGCGUGUUCCGACCGGCCGACGGUGAUCUUCUCCUCCAACCAUAAGCUGGUCUUCUCCAACGUGAACCUCAAGGAGGUGACGCAUAUGUGCUCGCUCAACGCACAGGCAUACCCUGAUAGUUUAGCUCUAGCGACGGACAGCACGGUGACCAUCGGCACCAUCGACGAGAUCCAGAAGCUGCACAUCCGCACCGUGCCGCUGGGCGAGACGCCGCGCAGGAUCGCCUACCAGGAGCCCUCGCAGACGUUCGGUGUGAUAACGAUGCGCAUAGACAAGGUGGAGUGGUCUUCGGGGCUGGGCACGGCGGUCUCCACGUCCGCCGGCAGCGCCAGCGGCGCGCCCCCGCAGCCGCCCAAGCACGCGCCCGCCGCGCUCGACCUCGAGACACACAACCUGCUCAUACUCGACCAGCACACAUUCGAAGUGUUACACGCGCACCAGCUGAUGACGAGCGAGUUCGCGAUGUCGCUGGUGUCGUGCCGGCUGGGCGACGACCCCAACCACUACUACGCCGUCGGCACCGCCAUACUCAACCCGGAGGAAUCGGAGCCAAAACAGGGUCGCAUCCUGCUGUUCCACUGGAGCGAGGGUCGGCUGGUGCAGAUCGACGACGGCGGCGGCAUGAUGCGAGACGCGACCGUCGACGACCUCAUAAAGAUCGUGGAGGACCUCACGAGGAUACACUAGCUCCCCCCCACACCUAAACCACUCCCCCUACCACUCUAGCGUUUAAAUAAAUAUACAUUAUGUA